AUGGAUCAGACAGCUGCUGCUGCCACGCCAUCUGCGGUGUAUCCCUUGGUUGAGCAAUGGCUUAAUUGGGACAAAGAUCCAAAGUCGCGCACAUACAUUUCUGGGCUGCUGAAUGAGGGGAAGCUGGACCUCCUCUCCGACCUGCUUAGCCAUCGGCUGGACUUCGCCCCCCACACCGCAGGGGCCCCAUCCAGGGCCCUCCCGCCUCACACGGCGACACGCACUGCGGGUCUGCGUGGCAAGCUGGGUCCCGGCACCUCCCGCAUGAACGGGGUGGUGGUGCAGCAGACCGCGCAGGGGCUGUGCCGCUACCUGCAGCAGCAGUGCCCCGAGCAGCUCAACCGGGGGGGAGUAGUGGUGGGGUACGACGGCCGGUACGGCUCUCUGGAGUUCGCCCGUAUUACUGCGGCAGUGUUCGUCAGCGCGGGUGUGCGUGUGGCUCUGUUCGGGAAUAUGGUGCCCACCCCCUUCGUGGCGGCGGGGGUGGUGGAAUUGGCGGCGGCGGCGGGCGUCAUGGUCACUGCGUCUCAUAACCCCAAGGAGUAUAACGGCUACAAGGUGUACUGGGGCAAUGGCUGUCAGAUCAUUCCGCCCCACGACGCCGGCAUUGCCGCCGCCAUUGAGGCCAAUUUAGAGCUGUGGCCGCUGCCCCCGGAGCAGGAGCUCCUGGCCUCACCGCUGCUGAGUGACCCGUGGGUCACCGUCACUUCCGCCUACUACCGCCGGCUCAGCCAGCUGCGGUACCUGCCCCCAGCCGACGUCAGCUCUGAGCGGCGGCGAGAGGCCCUGGGCCCCCUGGGUCGGCCUGUGUAUACCCCUCUACACGGGGUGGGGGCGGCGGCACUGUUGAGGGCCUUCCAGUUGGUGCAAACCACCAGCGAGGGUCUGGGCCUGGGUAAAGGGGGAGGAGACCACUUCGCCUCAGUCGCUCCUUCCCAACAACGACCUCAGAUAUCACGUGCCCAGCUGGGCGCACGACUGGUGCUAGCUAACGACCCCGAUGCCGACCGGCUGUGUGUGGCGGAGAGGUGUCCGGGUGCGGGUGGCGGGUGGCGGGUGUUCACGGGUAAUGAGAUCGGGGCGCUACUGGCGCACUGGGUGUGGACCAAUUUCAGGGAGAAGCAUCCCGAGGUUCCCCCCGGUCGAUGUGUGAUGCUCGCCUCUGUCGUGAGCUCCCGACUGCUGGGGGCCAUGGCGGAGGUGGAGGGGUUUAGGUUCGUACAGACACUGACGGGGUUCAAGUGGCUGGGCAGUACGGGAUUGCGGCAGGAGCGGGAGGAGGGCGCGAAGGUGUUGUUCGCGUUCGAGGAGGCGAUUGGGUUCAUGCUGUGGGGGAUGUACUGGGACAAGGACGGCAUCUCUGCGGCCGCGGUUUUCACUGAGCUGGCCGCCCACACGUACGGCAAGGGCCGUUCCUUGGACGAGCUGCUGCAGGAGCUGUACGGAGCCCAAGCUCAAGUACUACCUGGAGGUACCUGGUUGCAAACUGGGGUGAAUCCCUUUGAUCUUUACGGCAAAGAUGUCCGUGAGGUGUUUCGCAAGAUGUGUGCUGCCUUGGCCGACGCGCUUGAGUUCGCAUUGACUCAGCUAGAGCUAUGCGACCCGGCAAAGCUCAAGGCAGCAGCGCAGGCGAUCCGUGCAGCAACUGCUACACAGCGCGAUGCGCAGAUGAACCGCCUUGAUAAUGCUCUUCUUGGUCUCCUUCAAGCGAUUGAUGCGACGACAAAAGCAAAGGAGCGCGUAGAGGUCCUGGAGCAGCUGGUAGCCUGCCUCCAGGCCGCCAGGCUGUUGGCAUCUCGCGGGAAAGAAACCCCGGGGGGCCCGGAGCCUACACAGGAACAGCAAGAACUGCAACAACAACAGCAGCCGCCGCAGCAGCAACAACAGGACGGUCACAGGGCUGCACAAGCAAUUGGCAGCGGUGCGGCGGCAGUGGCGGGACAGGCGGUACAUGCUGCUGGCAAGGAGCUCCAGGCGCAAGCGGCGGAUGUGUCAAGGGCCCUGCGGCUGGCUGCAGAAGCACUGCAGGUCCCAGUGGCGGUUGGUCAGGACGGCGGCUCCCGCAGCGCCCUGCCCCUGCUGCAGCAGCUGGUGCCCCGGGUGGAGAACGCACUGCGACAGCUAGGGCCGUCCUUCCUGGAGCCGAUAUGCAGACGGGAGAACCUGACAGCGGAGGAGCUAGCCGUGCUGGCAGAUAUGAACUCCGCACUUCGGGACGAAUACGGAAUGCGCCGUGCAGUGCUGUUGGAGCGAGCCAAGGUGACCCUGCAGGCGUUUGAGUGGUCCCCCCGGCUGGCUGAGAAGGGCAUCGCGGAGGACGCCAUCAAGGUAGCGACAGCGGCCAAGAAGGCAAUGGCUGUGCAGCCGCAGGUUGCCUUGGACGACGUGUGGUUGCUGCGGCCAGCCGACGUGGUGGCCCUCACCUCAGCGCCCACCUCCACACUGACCGCUAAAUUGGAUGCCGCCGCGGAAGUACUGGGGUACAACCCGGCUGAGGAUCUGGGCGUGGCGGAGGCGGGGCCCAGCUCGUCGUCGGGCCGCAAGCGGGCCGCACCCCUGGGUACUGGCAUCAAGAGCAUCAUCAUUGGAAAGGGUCCGGUGGGGGCGGCGGUGGUGAUUAUGGUUAUGGUGCUGGGCGUGGCGGCGGUGCUGGUGGUGGUGGAGGCGGUGGUGGAGGUGGUGGCGGUCACCAGCGUCACCAGCAACAAGGUGGCAGUGGAGGGGGAGGGGGAGGGGGAGUGUCGCGGCCGCAGAGCGCGCGGGGCGGUGGUGGUGGUGGCGGAGGUUACGGUGGCGGAGGUUACGGUGGCGGAGGAGGAAGGGGACGAGGGGGGCAUCAUGCUAUGGCGGUUGAUCAGGCAGUGGGUGUGGAGCGGGUGCAGGGCGGAUGGCAGGGGUCUGGCGGCAGUGGGCGUGGAGAUUUUGGAGGCCGGCGGGGAGGAGGGAGUGGAGGCUGGGGGAGAGGACGCGGUGGUGGUCGCGGCGGACCUCACAAAGGCGUCCCAAAGCGACCCUGUACAGAGCGUGAAUCCCGACCACCCCGAGGAGCUCCAGCUCAAGACGCCCGCGGUGCAGGUGGAGGGGGUGGAGGGCCACCAUGACUCCUCAGCUCUGCACGACACCGCCCUGGACCCCAGCACCGCGCACCCGGGCUGGGGCGCACGGAUCAAGGACGCGGUGGGGACCGUAUUCCGGGGAACAAAGAAGUGCGCAGCGGGUCGUCGUACGCGUCGGCUACCUGGCGCCCACUGGGGCCCCACGGCGCCGCCGCCACCGGGGAUGUCGGCCACGGGCGCCGGCACAGCCCGGGGCGCCGGCACAACCGCACUGGGGCUGCCGACGCUGUCCUGUCGAGGGUUGAGAUCAAAGAGGAUGGGGGAGGCUGCAGACGACGCCGCAGACCCCGCCGUGGCCGAAGACGGCUGCGCCACAAGCCACGACCUGGAGUGCGCCAAGAAUGCCGCGGCGGAAGCUGCAGAGCGGCUGCGUGAUGCCGGCUCCGAAGCCGCGACCAGCGCCCAGCAGUCCGCUCAACAUGGCAUGGAGCAGGCCCGCGAAGUCGUUAAGGGGGGUGCUGAGCGCGUGUUGCAAGCCUCUCAGGACGCGGGCGAUGCCGCGCGCAGUGCUGCCGAGGAAGCGAGAGCCGCCGCCCGGGACGCGGGUACGGCGGCGACGGAGGGGGCUGAAAGCGCCGCGCAGAGGGUUACGAACGCAAUGACCGGUGCGCUUGAAGGCACGGUGGGCGGCGUGAAGAACGCGGCGGGGGCGGCGGCGGAGAAGGGCCAGCAGGCCGCUGGAGCCGUCAAGGAUGCGGCGGCGGGUGCGGUUGGCAGUGUAAAGAACGCGGCGGGGGCGGCGGCGGAGAAGAGCCAGCAGGCGGCUGGGGCAGUCAAGGAUGCAGCGGCGGGUGCGGUUGGCAGUGUAAAGAACGCGGCGGGGGCGGCGGCGGAGAAGGGCCAGCAGGCCGCUGGAGCCGUCAAGGAUGCGGCGGCGGGUGCGGUUGGCAAUGUAAAGAACGCGGCGGGGGCGGCGGCGGAGAAGGGCCAAGAGGCGGCUGGAGCCGUCAAAGGAUGCGGCGGCGGAUGCGGUGUCGGACAAGGCCAGCUCCAUCGCCGACGCGGUGAGGCCUCGGACGUCAAAUCGAGCAUGCAAAGCAUGGCAGAGCAUGUUCACGACGCCGCUGCGGCGGCGGCGGAGCGAGCCCGGGCCACCUUUGGCAAAGCACACGGCGCUGGGCAGGAAGAGGCGGUUGAGGCGGCGGAUCGGGCGGAGGCGGCCGCGCGCGACGCGGGACAGACUCUGGCGGCGGAGGCUUCACUCGCCGCCGCAGCAGAUCUGCGGGCAGCCACUCGCGACGCCUACGCACAGGCAGAGGAGGCGAUGGAGGCGGCCCGCCACAAGGUCGCGUCGGCCAGCAGCAAAAGCGAGUUAUGA